AUGUCUUUAUUGACUUUUCGCAUAAAUAUUGCUACUGUUUCACUUAAAUCUAGUCCACCACCACCUAUCAUAAAAUGUGAUCGACCAUCAUUAGAAUCAAAAUUAAAUGAAAAUAAUUCAACAACAAUCUCACGAGCUACACCAACUUCAGCUCCACCUUCAAGUACACGAUUCGACAAAUAUGAUCAUUGGCCUACAAUAACAUCAAAAGGACUUUGUCGAAAUAAUGCCUGCAAUGGCUAUACAAGAAUAUCUUGUUCCAAAUGUAAAAUUCGUUUAUGCUUGAACGAAAAAAAUAACUGUUUUACUAAUUAUCAUAAUUAAUGCGCCUUUUCUGAAGUGAUACUUAUUCUACUUUUUUGUUUUAUUAUUUGUUUGUCUCAUCUCUCUAUGCAUAACUGAACUUUUUAAUGAUUGUUUUUGUUCCUUUUCGGCCGGAUGUUGCCAAAUGGCAAUAUGGAGCCACAAGGUACUGAAUAAGUUUUUUGUUUCGAAAAAUUUAUGUUUGUUAUCCUUUCGAUGCAACAACAAAAAGUAUAUAGAAAAAGAUUUUGUUCGCUAGUUUCUUUCUGGAACCCGGCUGCAAAGGGUUAAUGAGGUUUAUCAGACAAACUUUUUUUUGUGUGAAAGUGUUUUCUUCCCAUUUCUCUUUGAUAUUCAAGCAAAUUUGUUCAAAGGGAAUACCAAUGAUACCAAUAUCGCUCUACACAAAAAUUGAAGGUGUCUUCACACGCAUUGUCCAUAGUUGUUCAUUCAUAAAACUUUGUCUAAAGCAAAAAAUAAUAACAUAUUCUGAAAGUGAUUGACGAGCUCUACAUGUCUAGCUAAAAAUAUCAUUUAAAAAAAUUGCAAUGGAAUAAAGAAAAAG